AUGGCCAACCCCACAAUACAUGCAUGGCUGAAAGAAAUCGGAUACGAGAGAUGGGCAUCGUCUCACUUUACAGGUAAAAGAUUCAACUUGGUCACCACAAAUAUAUCUGAGUGUGUUAACGCCCUCUUCAAAGAAGCGCGGGAAUACCCUGUUACCAAAUUGAUAGAGGCUGUAAGAUGUAAGAUACAAGAAUUAUUUUACAAGAGAAGAGAAUCUGCAGCCUCAUUUGUCGGUCCGUUGACACCAUGGGCGGAGCAACAGUUAAAGGAUCUUAUACAGAAGGCGCGAGAUGUUCGUUGUCAUUCGAUUUCUCGAGAUGAGUACCACGUCGUGGGAAAUUAUAAUGAUACAGUCAAGCUCAGCUCGCUUUCAUGUACAUGUCGUGAGUUUGACAUGAAGGGGUACCCUUGUUUGCAUGCCCUGUCCUCAUGUAUAAAUUACAAUCUUCCUCAUUACUCGUACUGCUCCCCAUUCUACACAGUGCAAAAUAACUUGAGCACAUAUAACGAAUCGGUGUACCCAGUACGUGAUAUGAGCGAAUGGGAGAUUACCGAUGGCUUCAAGGAGUACUGUGCGAAAAUUAAACCCCCGGGACAGAAGAGGCCAUCUGGAAGACCAAAAAAGUUAAGAAUUCCCUCACGUGGAGAAGAAUCAAAAACAUUAAAGUGCGGUCGAUGCAAACAAUCCGGACAUAAUCGUCGGACGUGCAAGUUUCUCAUACCUGAUGUGUAG